AUGUCCAUGGAACCAAACAGGGUGUCUUCAUUGCUAGUUCUAUUCACAACAACUAUCAUUCCUCUGUUCUGUUCGGCCGUCGGAGAACACCACAAGUUGCCCGGAAAAUGGGAGUUACUGACGAGCAACUGUGGAAUCUCGGCAAUGCAUAUGCAACUACUUCCAGACAACAAUGUAAUAAUCUUCGAUUGGACUAGAAGGGGUCCAUCCAACAUUUCAUUGCCACCGAAUGGAAAAUGUGAUAAUGGGGAUUGCACUGCUCACUCAGUUGAAUUCAAUCUAGUGAAGAAAACUGUCCGGCCACUCUACAUUGUCACCAACACAUGGUGUUCGUCGGGAUCGUUGUCUUCGCGCGGUGUGUUGAUUCAGACUGGAGGGACUGACCUUGGAUUUAAAGUUACUCGGUACUUCAAGCCAUUCGUGGGUGGUGAUUGGAUUGAACAUCCAAAUGGACUACUUGUACCGAGAUGGUAUGCUUCGAAUCAAAUCCUUCCCAAUGGAAAAAUCAUUGUCGUUGGUGGUAGAGAUCAAUUCAAUUACGAAUUCGUUCCUAAAUCAAAACCCAACUAUGACAAGCUCCACCCUCUCAAAUUCCUUGAUGAAACAAUGUAUCAUUCAGAAGUUGAAGACAAUCUCUACCCUUUUUUGCAUCUAUCUCCGGAUGGGAAUCUGUUCAUCUUCGCAAACGACAGAGCAAUUCUUCUCGACUAUGUGAAAAACAGAGUUGUCAGAACAUACUCUGUACUUCCUGGUCGUGUCUCACGCAACUAUCCAAGCACAGGCUCUUCGGUUCUUCUUCCCAUAAGACUAUCAUCGAAAUAUUCCUCCUCAAUUCCAGACGCAGAAGUUCUUGUUUGUGGUGGGUCGUGGCCUAAUGCCUUCAAUGAAGCGGACAAGAAAAACCAUUUUGUUGGUGCAAGCAAAACAUGUGGUCGGUUGAUGAUUACAGAGGAGAAUCCAAAUUGGGUUAUAGAGGAAAUGCCGACUGAACGAAUUAUGGGGGACAUGAUUUUGUUGCCAACAGGAGAUGUAUUGAUUGUCAAUGGAGCCAAAAAUGGGUCUGCUGGUUGGAAUUAUGCGAGGUCCCCUGUUUUGAAUCCUGCUCUCUACCAUUCUGAUUUCAAUUCAAAACCUAGCAGGUUUGAAGUGAUGAGUGCUUCGAAUAGGCCACGAAUGUAUCAUUCAACGGCUCUUUUGAUUCCAGACGGUCGCGUUUUGGUGGCUGGAAGCAAUUCACACAAAACUUACAAUUUCAGUUCUCUCUACCCAACUGAUUUAAGCAUUGAAGCUUUCUCUCCGCCGUAUUUGACCUCGAAAACUCAUCCUCGUCCGCGGAUUAAUUGGAUUAAGCCUGGUGUGAAGCUUGUUUAUGGCAGGAAAUUUUCAGUUGGAGUUGAUUUGGGAGGAGAAGAGUUUAAUGGGAGAAUUGACUUGACAAUGGUGGCACCAAGUUUUACUACACAUUCAUUUUCAAUGAACCAGAGAGUAUUGUUUCUGGCUGUUGAUGGAGUGGAGAAGAAGAGGAAUGGAGGGUCUGUUAUAAAAGCUAAUGCUCCAGCGACGGCGGCAUUGGCUCCGCCGGGAUAUUACCUCUUGUUUGUUGUCGGUGAUGGUGUGCCAAGUACAGCAAUUUGGGUGCAUAUUCGGAAACGCUAGUUGCAUUGUAAUAAUUGUCUACUUAGUUUUUUCAACCAUUGGCUCAUUGCUAUCAAUAAUUGAAAUAUCAAUUCAAGA